CUUCAAACCCGGAUGGAUGACUUCACUGUUCCGCCUGGGUUUCCUUUAUGAUCCCGGGAUCUCCCACUUUCCUCAUCAGACUUCUCCGAACGCACACGCGAACACAACGCUCCUCUCUCGACCGUCACCUCAUUGCCCAUCACGGCGCUACCUGCUCGGGCUCUGCAUCUUGCGAAGCUGGCUGCAAAAGAAGACUGCCCGUUACAUUUACCGUGAGAGGAUUUCAAGAGGAUCGCGUGAGAAGUGCAAUUAUUUGCGGAGAUCUGCGAUUUAUUGCUCAUCUCCUCCUAUUCAACCCUAUUUUUCGUCGCACGACCCGCUCUCUCUCUGUGCCAUAAUGUCCGAGGUCCUGCCAUACAAUGAGGGGAAAAUGAGCGGAUAUGGAGCAGACAGCGAAGUCAGUCAAAUGUCGUUCAGCUGUGGGCUGCAAGACACUAAUUCGUUCUUCGGGGCGUCGCAAGCAAAAAGACCCCCCAAACUUGGACAAAUUGGCAGAGCUAAGCGAGUGGUCAUUGAAGACGACCGGAUAGACGAGGUUCUGAAGGGAAUGACGGACAAAUCGUCACCUGGCGUUUAAACGUGAACGAUGCCUUGCUGACUUUUUAUUUUAAUCACCGGUUUGAAGCACUUGUCGGCUGUGCAUGUGUACGAGGAUUGUAAGGAGAAAGAGAAGGUACGGAGCGAUGACGAAGAUGGGGAAAGAAAGAGAGAGAUGAGAAGCGAGAAAGCAGAAGAGAUGGAAAGACCGAGAUUUAUUUUGGGGUUGCUGGCAAUUCUCCAAACGAAACCCGAUUUAAACUACUGCUGCGCAGGAAGACGCGGAGAUGGCUGAACCGUGCAGCUCCGUCUUUCAACCUCUGCCGAUGUAUAGCAAUGGAUGAACUUGCCAUUAUUUCAUCACCAUCUUCUUCCAAAAAAGCGCUUACAAGCCACAAAACAUCAACAACUGGAAGCUGAAUUGCAUUUUAAGCUCUUGUUUCUAUAGCUGUACAGUAAAGCUCGAAGACCAUCUUUCCCCAAAACACGCUUUUUACAUUGAAAACACAAUCGGCAACGCCGUAUUCAAAGGAGCUGUUCCGUUCAGCACUGAUCAAACGUAGAAUGCAUUCCGAUUGCUGCUAGAGCUAUCUUUCAAACAGACCAACUAGAUAUUAAAAUCCUAUAAAUAAAAAGACCCAAUGUAUGUAAUUAUGGAAAAUCUACGUAAGAAUGGUGCAUUGUUUAUAGCCUAUAUAAAUAUUAUAUAUUCUCUUUUCUAGCUUCGGGACGGUCCGUUUCAAACAAAUACACAAACUAAAUUAUUUUAAAUGGAAGCAGCUUAUUAUUGCCCCCACCCCCAC